GGACCACCCUUUGAACUUCUUAUUUGUAAAUUUUUAAAAAAAAUGGAGAGAAAAAUAAAGGGAAAAGAAUGGCCCUCCAGUUCACAGCUGGACAUCUGAAGCUCAAAUGCUUGCCGAUUUUGGUUACUAAUCGGCGAUUUAAUAGCUUGGAGAAGCAGCACAAGAGGAGUGGAUAUACGGUUUCAGAGAGGAGAGAAGGAGACGGCCGCCCAAUUCCUCAGCGAUUUCCAAGUAAGGCCUUGAUUGCUCGAACAGCCAUUGCAGUAUUUGCCCUGGGUUUCAUUGACGCUGGGUAUAGUGGUGAUUGGUCUAGGAUUGGGGCCAUUUCUAAGGAAACUGAAGAGCUUCUGAAAGUUGCUGCUUAUUUGGGGCAGAGGAGGAAGAACCGCAUAAAAGGGAAGGAGAAUGGCUCAAAUGUAACAAUAUAGCAGUCACAAGAGUUAUUUGACAAAACUUCAGGAUAAAUGUAAGAACUUGAAGUACUGGGAAAAAUCUCACACGAUUGAGCAAGGAAUGGUAGUGAAUUAAAUGCAUGAAUAAAAAAGAAAUGAGCA